GAUACGUGGAGGGGAUACGUGAGGGGAUACGUGGAGGGGAUACGUGAGGGAUACGUGAGGGGGUACGCGAGGAUUCCCGGGAUCGACCAGGCCAUGACGUGUGACCACUGCACAAAGGCGGAAUGCUCCAAGAGGAAAGGGGUGACCCCCGGGGCAGCGGGGGAGCAGGCGGGGAGCGCGGGGGAGCAUGGCGCAGAGGAGAAGGAAGCGGGCCGGGGUGAGUGUGGGGGUGAGGAGCGGACACAGGCCCUGCUGGUGAGCGACUGCCUGGCGUGCGGAGGGUGUCUGUCGGCGGGUGAGCGCGUGCUCAUGGCUCGGCAGAAUCCCAAGCAGCUGAUGGACGUGCUGCGCCCGCCAGAGGGCGGGCGCCGGGUGCGGGAGGUGGUGGCGUCGGUGUCGCCCGAGUCGCUGGCGUGGCUGGCGGCGCGGUACGGCAUGGACACGGCGGAGACGGCACGCAGACUCACGGGCUUCCUGCACGGCCUGGGUGUGCACCGUGUGCUGGACGUGUCGCUGGCGCGUGACGUGGCGCUCGCCGAGUGCCAGCGCGAGUUUGUGCAGCGAUUCCGCCACGAGCCGGCACGACUUCCCCUCCUCACAUCCUCCUGCCCCGGCUGGGUGCGCUUUGUGGAGCGACUGCACGGGGAGGCGGUGGCUCCCUACCUGAGCCGCGUUCGCUCGGCGCAACAGGUGAUGGGGGCCCUGCUCAAGGAGAGGUUUGCUCAGCGGCAGGGAGUCGGUGCCGAAGAGCUGUUCCAUGUCACGGUGAUGCCGUGCUACGACAGGAAGCUGGAGGCCACUCGGCCAGAGUUCCGGCACGCGACUGGGGAGACCCCACACGUGGACUGUGUACUCACCACCGGUGAGCUGGUUUCCAUGCUGGAUGCAGAAGGGAAGUCACUGGCGGAGGUCGAGCCAGGUCCCCUAGAUACUCUGUUUGGGGAGGAGGGUGCAGAAGGCCCUGGGCAGGAACGGCUGUGGGGGCCUGGGCGGCCAGGGGGCCCUGAUGGCGCCGUGGGCUGCUACCUGGAGGCCGUGCUGAGGCACGCAGCGCACGAGCUCUUCGGGGUCGACGUGAAAGAGGUGACCUACAGCACGCUGCGCAACAAGGACAUGUGGGAGGCACACGUGGAGCGGGACGGCGAGGUGUUGCUGCGGUUCGCCGGCGCGUGCGGCCUGCGCAACGUGCAGAACGUCGUGGCCAAGCUGCGCCGUGGCCGCCUGCUGUACCACUUUGUGGAGAUCUCCGCAUGCCCCUCCGGCUGCCUGAAUGGACCGGGUCAGCCCAGCGAUCAGGCCGGAGGUCAGCCCGGCGGUCAGCCCGGUGGUGGCAACCUGGCCGCGGCACAGGAAGCGUACCGCGCGGCCACUCCUCGUGACCCCCCUGACCUACGGGAGGUCGGCUCGGAUUGGCUGGGAGAGGCCGACUCCGGGAGAGCUCUGAGAGAGCUGGUCACCACCACUUUCCAAACGCGCGCGACGGGGGACGCGGAGCAGGGCCACCAGUGGUGACGGGGGUCGAGGUUGGGGACGACGCACACUAGUGUAGCGGAAGGGGCCUCCCCUCCCACCAGAGGGAGCUCUUGAAGAGCCCCUCCAGACGGUGUUGUUUUGCCCUCCUCUUCUGCGCUGGCUCAGGAAUACUCGCGGAUCACCCCCCCCACUGCCGAUCGACUGUGGGUGUGCCCAUUCGUACUGCCGGGCUGACUGGUGGUGGUGGUGGGGGGGCGGCAGCGGAGAUAUUAACAAAACUUGCGCCGUCGUUUCAACUGCGGAGCUGGGGGAUCAAACCGAACCGACCUCUGAACCGGCGACCUCUAAAAUCAGGUGUGCCGCUAAACCGCCACACCACAGUGGCAGCUCGUACGUACGUGUUCGUUAAUAAAGCAUGCACUGAUUGGAACUUG